AUGGCACAUUUUAGACGGGAUUUUACGUAUAGCGCUUUAGACAAUGAAUUGACUCCUCCACUCGCGAGAUCUAUUGAAAAUACCAACAGUCCAACGUUAAUCACCCUGGACCAAGAACAUGACGAUGCUACUAAUGUUAUCAUCCACAAAGUACCUCAAACCAAAAGCAGAUGGAAUCACAUAAAAGAUUUAGAUUCAUUCUUUACUAGAAUGUAUAGUUAUUAUGUGAGAGGAGGAUUUUAUCCAAUGAUAAUGUCAGAUCUUUUUUAUUUACUACAAUUUAUAUUUAUUGUUUGGUUUUCAACAUUUUUGGUGCACUGUGUUGACUACCCAAGACUUUUUAGAAAUGAUCCUGAAGCAAACAGAAGUGAAAAAUUAACUCUAAAUGAUGUUAUAUUUCCUACCUCUGUAUGUGUUAGCCACAUUUCAUGGACUUGGUGGUGCCUCAUUACCUUGUGUUGUAUCAUUUGGAUAAUGAAAUUUUUUAUAUCUAUGUAUCAUUUAUACUAUGCAUAUGAUACAAAAUUAUUUUAUAACAAUGCACUUAAAAUUAAAGAGAGUGAGCUGACUUGGGUGACCUGGUCGACAAUACAAGACAGAGUCAGGGAAGCCCAACCUGAACACCAAAUGUGUGUUCACAAGCAGGAGAUUAAUGAAUUAGAUAUAUAUCACAGAAUACUCAGGUUUAACAAUUACAUGGUGGCUAUGGUAAAUAAAAAUUUACUUCCACUUCAAAUACAUGUGCCUUUCAUCGGUGACUUCCAUUAUUUAUCACGGGGUUUAAAAUGGAAUCUAGAGUUCCUGCUGUUUUAUGGCCCUUGGGAAAGUCGUUGGCAGCUUCGAUCGGCCUACAAGGAUCAUACGAAACGAAUGCUUCUAGCCAGACAGUUGGAGAGACAGAUAGUUCUUCUGGCGUUAGUGAACUUAAUACUUGCACCACUCAUCCAGGCCUGGCAGAUACUUUACUUCUUCUUUAACUAUGCAGAGUUAAUAAAACGGUCACCCGGAUCGCUCGGUCUACGUACAUGGUCUCUGUACGCUCGAGUGACUCUCAGACACUUCAACGAGUUAGAACACGAACUGCGGGACAGACUUAACAGAGCACACAAACCUGCGACCAAAUACCUCGCCAGCUUCAGCUCGCCAAUCACCACUGUUCUAGCUAAGAAUGCGGUGUUUUUGUCGGCGAGUGUGCUCGGUGUACUGGUUGUGUUGUCGGUAUACGACGAGGAUGUUCUCACAGUAGAACAUGUGCUUACCAUCAUUACUAUACUUGGAUGCGUGCUGGCUGGAGCUAGGGCGUUAAUCGGUGAAGAAGAGCGUCUUGGCGGGUCGUGUGGUCCAGCUCGUGGUGAGGAGCUGUUAGUACAGGUGUUAGGACACGUGCACUACCUGCCCGCGGCCUGGAGGGGCCGAGCUCACACCAGACAUGUGGCCGCACAUUUACAGCACAUGUUCCAGUUCAGAGCGGUGUACAUACUAUUUGAACUACUGAGCCCUCUCCUGUGCCCUUUGGUGUUGUUCCAACUACGUACACGUGCUGUAGAUAUUGUGGAUUUCUAUAGGAAUUUCACAGUUAGUGUUCUUGGUAUAGGAGACGUUUGCUCUUUUGCUCAGCUCGACAUUCGCCGGCAUGGUCAUCCUGAUUGGCAGACACCCGGAAAAUAUGGAGAAAAAGGUGCCAACACUCAGUAUAACCAGGGCGAGGGCGGUAAGACGGAGCUAUCUCUAGUGGCAUUUUCAUGUCGUCAUCCUGGUUGGCAGCCGACUGAGCCCACACAAAGACAGUUCCUGAGAUCGCUGCGUCAAACUAUGACGCAGGCUAUACCGACCAAUAAUGCCCUCAAUAAAACAAUGCUGGGUUCUUACAUUCAACAAAGCAUAUUUGGUACAAAUACUCCACUGCCAGCUGUUUUAUCUUACUAUCAGCAACAACGUCAACAGUACAGACUUCCCGAUAUGGAUGAGAUAAGUGAUGAAGAAGACACGGCCGGGCUUUCUGGUGUCAGUGCCCUCGGGCUCCCUGAUGUACCGGACGAAACAAGGGACAUGUCUGUCAGCACAUUGCAUUUAUACGAUUUGCAUCUAUCUCAGGCGGGACGCAGCGUGUCAGCGUGCUGUACGAACAACUGUGGCGAGCGCAGGAGUGAGGAUCGUCGUGUGACUAGCGAGCAGACGCCGCUACUGCACCGACCAUAA